AAUCGGCUUCUAGUCACCCCAGGGUGACUUCAAGCCAUUUCAGGUCGACAAUGACCCAAUGAGCGUAAGUAUAGGUCCCUGUGUAAGGUUAGCCGUUAUGAUGCCAAGCUUCUCAAGCUUGUGACAAGUUACAGGACAGGCUAUCGCAACAAGACGACCUUCACGCGGUCGCAGUAAGUCCGUCACUACUGCCGUAACGACAUCUACAGGCAUAACUCCUUUCUGACUGUUACUAGUUUCCGUGCGUGAAGCCAGCUUACAAUGAACCUCACAGGCAGCUUACAUUCACUGUAAAGUGCAUAUGUCGUCGAGAAUUUUUAUUCACAUUAACCGAGUUUGCAUGUAAGGGUGACCUAGAAACUGGAAGGAACACCUGUGCUUAUUUCAACGAAUGACAUGCCCGAACUCAUGAACUCAUGGCAACCAUCGUCACCAGUACAAUAAACGUCGCUCAACACAUUUUACAACAUGUGACUCCUGACACGUUUAUGCAAAAAUUUCACGGGAUUUUCCGUCUUCUUAGCGUAUAUAAAUGCUGUUCAUCUUCUAUAAGUCGCACAAGGGAACGCCGGUCUUAGAAAUUCUGCAGUCUGAAUCCUUAAGCUCCCCAGAACCAUGAAGUUCCUCUGCUUGCUGCUCUGCUUGGCUGUGGCCAAUGCGUACUACAAGGGCGGAAAAUACGGUGGAAACUACGGGAGCGUAGGAGGAUACGGAGGCGGUUACGGUGGAGGCUAUGGCGGUUAUGGAAACCAGGGUGGAUAUGGCGGCUAUGGAAACCAGGGUGGAUAUGGCGGCUAUGGAAACCAGGGUGGAUAUGGCGGUAAUGGAAACCAGGGCAAAUAUGGCGGUUAUGGAAACCAGGGUGGAUAUGGCGGUUAUGAAAACCAGGGCAAAUAUGGCGGUUAUGGAAACCAGGGUGAAUAUGGCGGUUAUGGAAACCAGGUCAAAAAUGGCGGUUAUGGAAACCAAGGUGGAUAUGGCGGUUAUGGAAACCAGGGCAAAUAUGGCGGUUAUGGAAACCAGGGUGGAUAUGGCGGGUAUGGAAACCAGGGUGGAUAUGGCGGUUAUGGAAACCAGGGUGGAUAUGGCGGCUAUGGAAACCAGGGCAAAUAUGGCGGUUAUGGAAACCAGGGUGGAUAUGGCGGCUAUGGAAACCAGGGCAAAUAUGGCGGUUAUGGAAACCAGGGUGGAUAUGGCGGUUAUGGAAACCAGGGUGGAUAUGGCGGUUAUGGAAACCAGGGUGGAUAUGGCGGUUACGGAAACCAGGGCAAAUAUGGCGGUUAUGGAAACCAGGGUGGAUAUGGCGGCUAUGGAAACCAGGGUGGAUAUGGCGGUUAUGGAAAUCAGGGUGGAUACGGCGGAUACCAGGGAGGUUACGGGGGAUAUGGAUCGUAUGGAAAUCAGGGAUUCUUCGGUGGCAAAUACUCCAAGGGAUGGUAUUAAACAUCUCAAACAAUCUAUCACGAAUUGGUGGACCACAUGCAAGACGCGAACAAACGACUCCGAUAUAUAUGAAAAGAUGUACAUAUACCUAGAAUUGUUAUACCUGCAAGUAAAAAAAAUAAAAUUAAUUUAUGCAAC